AUGACCUCUGCGGAAUUUCGAGCUCAAGCUGACGAGUUUUCAUACUGGAAUUUUUUCCUAGACUGGGGGCCACUCUCCUUGGGUAACCUCUUCCGAUUCUGCCGGACGCUGAACUUCAAGCUCGCGAACGAGAGGCGGCUGGGCAAGGCAGUGUACGUGUACUCCGGAACCCACGCCCACAAGCGGACUAAUGCAGCUUUCCUCCUGACCGCGUGGCUCCUGUUGUAUGGUGGCAGAACUCCAGAACAGGUGGUGGACGUGUUUCCACCGUUCCCGCCGUUCCACGACGCGUCGCCAUGCGUCUGCACGUUCGACCUCUUCAUCCCACACUGCCUCAAAGGUCUCCACAAGGCUCGUCACUUCAGUUUCUUCAACUUCGACACCUUUGACGUCGAAGAAUACGAGCACUACGAGCAGGUCGAGAACGGCGACUUGAACUGGCUCGUCGAUGGAAAGUUUUUGGCAUUCGCAGGGCCUCACAGUCGCUCUGAAAUGACGAGAGAAGGCUACCGGACGCUAACCCCACGGGACUACAUCCCCUACUUCAAGAAGCACAAUGUCACGCUCGUGGUGAGGUUGAAUAAGAAAUACUACGACGAGGGCUUGUUUCUGGACGCCGGGAUCGACCACCUGGAGGCGUACUUCUUGGACGGCAGCGUGCCGCCGCCUAGCGUUAUUCGUCGGUUCAUCGCCGCUUGCGAAGCUACUCCGGGGGCGGUGGCGGUACACUGCAAGGCCGGACUUGGCCGAACUGGGACGUGCAUCGGUUGCUACAUCAUGAAGCACUAUAGCUUUACGGCAGCUGAGGUGAUCGGAUGGAUGCGGAUAUGCCGCCCGGGAAGCGUCAUCGGGCCUCAGCAGCACUACCUUGAGCAGAUGGAGGGUCCGAUGCACCGAGAGGGGGUCGCGUUCCGACAGCGGGUACGUUCUAUCUGCUGA